AUGAAGAGACACAACCCUGAUGCAGCUAUAGAGGACUCAAGUGCUCAUGCAGAAACAAAACAUUCCGAAUCGGAUCUCGCUCUGCCGGCAUCCCUGAGACGAUCCAUCUCCCCUCCCCUCGCCAAUCCCCGGCGUCUGAGCCGCAUCCCGUCGACAACCAAAUCGACCACAGCAGCUGUCGAAGCUGGUGAGCUCGAAAUCCACGAUCAUGUGUCUUUCUUUUCUUCCAAACUCCUCGCGGCGACACGCCCACCCAUUGGAGGCCAGCCGCGGCUCUCACACGCCGACUGGCUAGCUCUGUACCGCCGAAAUCUCAACGACAGGGGGCACCAUUUCGUUGUUCACCAGCACGACCAUCCCAUCGCAGGCACCCACUAUGAUCUUCGACUACAAUGUAAUGCAACGAGCUCAAUCAGCUUCGCUAUCAUGUACGGCCUCCCCGGCGACCCGAACAGCAGGAAGUUAAACCGCAAUGCCACCGAGACCCGAGUGCAUAACUUGUGGAAUCACCUCAUCGAGACCGCCUCACAUGACACGGGAACGAUGUUGCUCUGGGACACUGGUGAAUACGAGGUGUUGGCCUACGAUUCUUCCUCGAGAAAAGCCAGCGCUGCCGACGACGCUACAGCCACCGAAGGCUCAGACCUGGACACUGACGGCGACAGCGAUUUCCCAUCCACGAAAAGGGCCGAGUCAGAACCAUCAAAGCUCCACCGCGCGUUCCAGAAUCGCAAGAUCAAGCUCCGUCUGCACGGUACACGGCUACCCAGGAACUACACUCUCAGCCUGAGACUGACUCACGACAACAAUCGAGUCGUACAACCAGAGGCGCCAGCGUUCAAGCGACGAAAGAGGAACUAUCAGAACUCAUCAACCGGCCCAGCGCGCCGGAAAUCGCAACUUGAAGCGCAUGACACGACAGAUUCAGACAGACCAAAGUCUCCAAUGGCCGAGAUAUCUUCAGAUUCCGACAUCAACCGCCACAGUUCGAGACGCUCUCCCAAGCUCCGUCGGAGCGUAUCUUCUCUAAUGCGCACAGCAUCUCCACCACACCCGAGGCGGUCUAAUUCUGUCGCUGGAGACCAAUAUCAAGAGCAAACACCAACCAGACCCGCAGCCGCAGCGAAGGAGGAGCUCGACGAAGAAGCCUCGAUCCGCCGCAACAACGCGUACCCAGGCGCAACCAACAGCAUCAACUCGAUCCACCAACGGAGAUGGUUCCUCUCCCUCGACCGCGCCGCGUGCGGUUUCCGCCCCACGAACCAGACCGCCUUUGGACAGAAGGUGUGGGAGCGACCGCGUCUAUCCUCCUCGUCGUCCUCGUUCUCGUCCGCAGCAAAGGCGCGAGAUGUCGGCGCCGGUGGAGAACAAGGACAAGGACACGAGGAAGGCAGUGCUGAGUCGUUGGGCGGCUUCCACCCCUUCCACGUCCUGGGCAGGGACGUUGAGGUGAGCGUCCUGACAGGCCGCACCGCCGCCGAGGUGGCAUCCGACGAGGGACUCGUGGGAUAUAAGCCGCGCGGAGGGUGGAGGGGCGUGGUGCAGUGA